AUGGGCACCCGGCAGACCAAGGGCAGCCUGGCGGAGCGAGCCGGCCCCGGCGCGGCGCCCGGCCCCCGGCGCGAGCGGCCCGACUUCUGGGCGUCGCUGCUGCUGCGCGCCGGGGACAAGGCGGGGCGCGCGGGCGCGGGCGCGGGGCUGCCCCCCUACCACCGGCGCGUCGGCAUGGUCCAGGAGCUGCUGCGGAUGGUGCGCCAGGGCCGGCGGGAGGAGGCGGGGACGCUGCUGCAGCACCUGCGCCAGGACCUGGGCAUGGAGUCAACCUCGCUGGACGACGUCCUGUACCGCUACGCCAGCUUCAGGAACCUGGUGGACCCCAUCACACACGACCUCAUCAUCAGCCUGGCCCGCUACAUCCACUGCCCCAAGCCGGAGGGCGAUGCACUGGGCGCCAUGGAGAAGCUGUGCCGGCAGCUGACGUACCACCUCAGCCCCCACUCCCAGUGGAGGCGCCACCGCGGGCUGGUGAAGAGGAAGCCCCAGGCUUGCCUCAAGGCGGUCCUGGCCGGGAGCCCUCCGGACAACACGGUGGACCUGUCAGGCAUCCCGCUGACCUCCCGUGACCUGGAACGGGUGACCAGCUACCUGCAGCGUUGCGGGGAGCAGGUGGAUAGCGUGGAGCUGGGCUUCACGGGCCUCACGGAUGACAUGGUUCUGCAGCUGCUGCCGGCGCUCAGCACGCUGCCCCGGCUGACCACACUGGCCCUCAACGGCAACCGGCUGACGCGGGCCCUGCUGCGCGACCUCACUGACGCCCUCAGAGACCCCAGGAAGUUCCCCAGCGUCACGUGGAUCGACCUGGGCAACAACGUGGACAUCUUCUCGCUGCCCCAGCCCUUCCUGCUCAGCCUACGCAAGCGCUCCCCCAAGCAGGGCCACCUGCCCACCAUCCUGGAGCUGGGCGAGGGCCCGGGCAGUGGGCAUGAGACCCAGGACGAGGCCCUGGGCCCAGAGGAUCCCGGAGGGGGCCCUGAAACACCCACGAGAGACCAGGAAGGCAGGGAAACUGUAGGUGCAACCCAGACGUGACAGAGCAGUGCAGGCCAAAGUCACUCCUCCUGGGAUGGGAUGGCUGAGGCAGGCUGGGGCUCCUGGGGGGGAGCUCCACAGUGGGCCUGGGCAGUGCCUCCCCCCACCCCCACGGGAAGCCGGAUGGAACCACCUGGGAAAGGAGCACUGUACCUCCUCUCCAUCUCCCCUGUCUACCCACGUCUGCCUCUGGUUCCUGAGAAGUCAUCCCUGGCUUAAAAGGAAUCCACCCUUACUCUCCCUAGACCUGUGGGUGCAGCUGGUUGGAGGUGCUGGAAGCCUGAGCUGCUGUGAAUCAGGAGAGCUCUCCCCCAGGAAAGGAGUGUAGUAGGGGCCCUCCAUCUAACCCAGGACUUUCCAAUCCUGAAUUACAAAUAUUCAGGCCAGCAAACCCCAGCCAGAUGCUGACUGUACCCCAGGUCAAGGGCUAAGGGAGGGGACUGGCUCCUAGAGACCCCACGAGUCCCCUCCCCAUCUGGACUAAAGGGUGUCUCUUUGUGGAGCCUUGGGCUCCUUGGAACAAACUUCCCACCAUCUACAAGGUCCAUCUUUCAGCCUGUGAUGUGAUCCCAGGGCCUACCCAGGGUACCAGCUAUUCCCUAAAUCCACCAGUAUUUAGGGCAGCCUGCCUAGCAAGCCUGGGGCAGACCAGCGCAUGCACAAAAUAUAAGACCCACUCAAAACACUGCAGAUUACCAGACCUUCCCAUAGGUGAUUGUUGCUAGGGUACAGGUCACAGUGAGCCUUGCUUCCUUUCAAAAGGACCAUUUCCCAUAAAAUUCCUUCCCAUGGGGUCCCCAAAAUAUGAGCACAUUCCCAAAACCCCAGGACCACAAAGAUGAAGUGCCCCCGAGCAGCCACAGCUGGGAGGAGGGGGGAAAAAAAGCAAGUCUCCACCCCACUGUCCCUAUACCCAAGGCCUACCCAUUCAGGCCCAAUCAAAAAGCCCAGCUGAUUGCUGAAUUGGAGAAAAUUAUCCCGGGUACCCAUGAUGUUGGUGAACCAAGGCCCCUCAGGUAAAGAGGGUUAGUGAAGCUUCUAAUCUGAUGCCAGGGAGCAAAGACCUUUACAGACUGGGGCUUCAAGAGAGAGGAAGCUCAUGCCAGUGGACAGAGCCCAGAGGAACAGGGACUGUGUACAGAUGCCUUAAAUGCUUUGGGAUUUUUUGCCCUAAGUCUCAAGAGGGGAGAACACCUUAAACUGACCAUAAGGGAAGGUUACAAGGAGUUAAUUGGACCACUAAUAUUGACACGACUUAGAGACGGAACAAUAAUUGUCAGCAGUGAUCAGACUUUUUCUUCAAAAAUACACAUUUCUAAGAACUUAA